UGUGCCCAUGAAGUUUAGGCCCGUCACGACCCAUAAAUUAUUCGUGCUCGUGCCGGGCUGGCCCAUUUAUUUUGUGCUCGUGUCGUGCUCUAACCGUGCCGUGUCGUACUAGCCCGUGGGCGGCACGGCCCGGUGCCCACGUACAAUUGUGACGUGCAUAAUUUUAUUUAUGUCGCUCAUACCAAUUACUACUUCAAAUAAAUUAUUUGUUGACAAAGAAGAAAGUCACUAACUACAUAUUUCUAGAGUCUAAGGUUCUUACUCGUGGAUUUCACUACUUUAAUAGAGGUAUCAAACUUUUCACUCGGUUAUCCGAUCGAUACAAUAUAUUUUUAUUUUGCAUAACUUUUCAUAUAUAUGUAGCCGCAAACUGCCGCUUUUGUCUCCAAACUAGGUUGUUUGCUACACCAAAUGGGCCUAUUUUAUGAUUUUGAUAAAAUUUGGAUAGUCGUAAUUUUGUGAUUUGUCUUCUGAUUGGAGCAAUUUUUUAUAUUUCGAAUAACUUUUCAAACACUACAACUUACGAGAAUUUUUUUCUAACAGGCAUCGUUUGGAUUUCUGGGUUUUCAGGAAAAUUUUAAAUUUAUUUUGAGAAAUUUUUUUACUAUUGGAACGGAGAGAACUAAUUAGCACUAGUGUCUAUUGUGGGUGGAGUGGAGUGACACUUGGAGAGUGCAACCCAAUGAACUUGGCAGCGUGAUUGUCAACUUCGCCCUCCACAAAGACAUAAGAUUGAUGGUUGUGGAUAUGAAUUGAUGAGAUCGAAAGGAAAAGGUUUAUAGGAUUCGCUUGGUUGCUGGAUUUGAAAAUGAAGGUUUUGGGUUUUAAAAACUGUUGGAUUUAUGAUUGAUUUGUUGCAUAAUGGAUUUGGAAGAUUACACGUUGUUUGCUUAGUUAAUUUUUUUAUCAAGAAUUUAUGGUGGAUUUGUCUCACAACUUUGCCAGCUUCCAUUACCAAAUCCCAAAUGAAAAAAAAUUAGAGAGAGAAUUAAGGGGAUACUGAUAGGGCUGGAAAUCGGUUUUCCGGUUAUCGGUAUAACCGGUAAUCGAACCGGUAACCGGCGGUUACCGGUUAUACCGAUAACCGAAAAACCCGGUAGUCGAAUGGUAAAAACAGCGCCUCGGUAUACCGCCUCCCCACACGGUAAAUACCGUCGCUGGGACGGUUAACCGGAUACCGUGAGGGACAAAACUCUGCGUUUUGGGAGGGACGGAUGGUGAAAAAAAAAAACCUAAAAACCCUAGAAGCCUUCUCCAUCCAGCAGUCCACUCUCCAUUCCAUCGUCUUUCGUCUCCAGUCUCCACCCAGCCGCCGAGAAGAGACUUCGCAGUCGCAGCGGCCGCCUCGCCCAUCGCCCAUCCGCCGCCCCGCGAUGCCGCUCCGCCGCCUUCCACCCUUCCCUCCCUGUUCUCCUCCCUCUCCGACUCUGCAGACGGCCGACGCCGCUCCGCCGCCCCGCGACGCCACUCUUGCCGGACGCCUUCCUCUUCCCCAGUCGCCGCCGCUCUGUAAGUCUCCUUCUCCUUCUCUUGCCUUCAUCUUUCUUCUUCCCCCAGUCCCUACCCCUCCUGUUUGAGAUGAAUGUGUUUGUAAUUUUGUACUUUUGGUGUUGGUGUCGAAUAGAGGCGGCCUGGAGGCUAAACAGAGGCGGCCUGGAGGCAGCCACCAAGCCGCACUGUGAACAGCAGCAGCCAGCCAGAAGAUUGACAUUGAAUCAUUAGAAAAUCAAAAAAUGUAUGUGACAUUCAGAAAUUGUGAAUGAAUGUGAUGUUUAACA